AAAUGGACAACUACAUGGCGUCGAAGACUUUUUCCUUCCAUGAGGAGCCAAUUAAUUGAUCAGUGACGAUUACAGGCCAACCUUUGUGAAAGAUGUAUGAUGAUAGUACCAGCAAGGAGUUGCUUGAUGAUGCUUCUGAGACCGAGCAGCAGAAAGCCAGAGAGCCGGUAGCGAUCUGCAGCAAGAUCAGAGCAUGAGCAUGGCCUCUACCCAGUCCACGGCCUCCACGGACACGCAUCACAACCCGCACUUCGACGAACUCCGGUGGGUGAUCCAGAUACGCCACACGCUGGAGGAGGAGCACGACGACGACAUGGGCAUCCCCGUGUCGGUGUUCAACGUCCCCAAAUGCUUGCAGGUGACCAAGCCCGAGGCGUACGUCCCCCAGCUGAUAGCCGUGGGGCCGUACCACCACUGGCGCCCCGAGCUGUACGAGAUGGAGCGCUACAAGCUCGCCGCCGCGAGGAGGACGCAGAAGCAAUUCCACACCAUCAAGUUGCAGCACCUCAUCGAGCAAUUCACCAAGCUCGAGCACAAGAUCCGUGCCCAUUACCACAGGUACCUUGAUUUCAAUGGAGAUACGUUGGCGUGGAUGAUGGCGGUGGAUGCGUCGUUCUUGCUUGAAUUCCUGCAGGUUUAUGCUGUCCAAGAAGAAGGAGAAGGAGAAGGUAAGGUGCUCAGAAGGUUGUCUUCUCGGAUGUCCCAUUUGGUGGAUUACACGGGGAGGAAGUCGGCGCACAACGUGAUAUUGAGAGACAUAAUGAUGCUGGAGAACCAAAUCCCGCUCUUCCUGCUGCGCAAGAUCCUGGAGCUGCAAUGCUCCUCGAUCGAAGUCGCUGACGGCACGCUGACCAAGAUGCUAACCGGCUUGCUCAAGGAGCUCUCCCCUUUCAAGCUGAUGGACAACUUCCCCUGCAUCGACGUCGCGCAGCACGCCCACUUGUUGGAGCUACUCUACUAUGUCCUCGUCCCUAAAUCCGACGACGACGGCGACGACAACGAGAUCGAGGAGCAGAACGACGAGGCAGCGCCGAAGGAGCAGAAGUACGGGAACUCCGGCUACGUCAGGCAGCUUCUCGAUGCGGUCUGGAAGAUUGGAUCGAGCCUCAACGGAGCUCCAAUCCGCUUCAUCAAGGGCGUCAUCGUGUCGAGGCCCGUCAAGCUCGUGGUGCAGGUUCCCUGGAAGAUCCUCACCAGCCUCCCGGGCUUCUCGAUCGUGAAGCAGCCGGUCGAG